AUGGGAAGGCUUGACCCUGAUACUAGAAAAACCCUUCUGGAACGAUUUGUGCGGGAUUGUGAAGUAGUUGAAUUAGUUUCCAAGGGAUCGGGAUCUAAAGCAAAUAUAAAGGAACAAGGAAGACGAGCAAAAGGGGCAGUCACAGCACCCCAAGCUGACAAUGCCACUUCACAAAUAAAGCGUAAAAGAAAUGCUAAGGAAGAAGAAGUACAAAAUGCCAAGGCUGCUUCUCCAGAGGCGGAUGAAUCUAUGCAAGGAUUAUCCUCAAAAGCAGCUCCGGAGGCGGAUGAAUCUGAGCAAGGAUCGUCCUCGAAAGCUUCUCCGGAGGCGGAUGAAUCACCUGUGCAAGGAUCAUCCUCGAAUAUCAAUAAAGGACAACCAGUGGAGGCAAAUCCAGCACCUGAACCAAGCAUCACCACCAGAGAUACGAGUGAAGUCAUCGCCCAUCAAACCGAUCAACAGCCUUUUGCUCGAGGUGACUCUCCACUCACUUCACAGAGUGAGACUCAGUCACCAAGAACCACACGCGCUCAUAAAGUCUCUGAAGUCAAUCGUACUGACAAGAUCAAUCAAUUAACUCGUGGCACACGUAAAUCGACACGUGUGACAUCUCAGACUCAUGACGAAGUAAGGUCUUUGUCUUUCUCCAGCAGUUAUUAUGAUAUACUAACGUGUUUUUGA